AUGUUAUCUCCUCGUAAUGGAUAUCUAGCCAAUUCCAGUAUGGUGGUUACAACAGCAGGAGAGGUUUUGUUGGUCGAGAGCAUAACCACUGAAACCGAGAUGAGCUUCCACAUCUACAAGAAUGAUCCUAGUCUACAAUCAAAUGGUGGUUACUACCCCCCGCUUCUUGAGGUAGAUUCUGUUGGUGAUGAGGCCCUGUUUCUCGACUUGGGUAUCACUAUGCCUGCUAACCAUAGCCUUAGUAUCAAACCAAACUCCAUCUAUUUCACCCGUCACAACCGUGCCGGUCUCCGGAAGCCUUCUAACCUCAACAUAUGUGUGUUCAAUCUUGCAACCAACACCCUCAAACGAUAUAAAAUGCAAAGUGUGAAUGCUACAGUUACAUGUUCAUGCCAGGCAGCAUUGAAAUGGGCUGUUGAUAGUCUUCUCACCCCAGGAGAGACUCUUACUCUUGUUCAUCAGCCAACCCCAGUUAGUCUAGAGAUGACAAUGUCAAGGAUUUGUUUCAUCCAUUCCGGUGCUUCUGCACCAGAAAAGACAAGGUUCAAAGCUGCAGAUGUUACGAGCACAGUGAUGAAAGGAGCACCCAGUUUCUGUACAGUUUAUGCAAUCUCUAGAGGUAAAAUAUCGUCCGUUAAAUGGGCUACCUCUUCACCUCUUCUAAGCUGCACAAUACGUCCAGAGUUAUCAGCGAGCAACAACUCCAUUCCCAGAGCAACAAUACGUCAAAGACCACAUGACGAGAUUGAGAUUAAGGGCUCAGUGGCAAACUCCGACAUAUCGUUUAUGAGUAGUGAUAGGCCAAGGGUGGAUUGGAUGUUCCCAACGCCUUGUCUUUCGGUUAGUUCUGAGUUUGACGAAAGCCGACAUCCUCAUGCUCAUCAUAAAAGCAGUCCAUAG